AUGUCCACAUCCGAUUUUUCUGACAGUGACAUUGACACCGAACCCAUCGACGAAAUAUUUUCUGAAGCAGCAGAGCAUUUACAAAAAAUUCACAAUUCAAUCGAGUCCACAGACCUUUUAGAGAUUUAUGGUUUAUAUAAGCAGGCAACUUGCGGUCGAUGUAACACACAAAAGCCAAGUGUAUUUAAUAUGCAAAGUCGUAGCAAAUGGUGCGCAUGGAAUGAUUUGGGCGAUAUGUCUCAGACAGAAGCAAAGCAUUUAUAUGUUGCAAAAGUUAAAAAGGUUGACAGUAAUUGGGUACCAAAUCACGAAAUCGGCAACAAAUCCAAAUCUUCGUCUGGCUGGGUAGUACAUUCCAUUCCACAAAAGCAAGAAGAAAGCGAUCAAAAAGCGGAACAUGAAAAAAAUGCCUUUGAUUUUAUCAAAGAAGGAAAUUUCAUUCAACUACAAAAAUCGUUAACAGUAGAAAUUAUGCAGCAUCUCGACGAAAAUGGUAUGGGUCUUAUACAUUGGGCCACUGACCGUAAUGCUGUCGAAAUAUUAAAAUAUCUUAUAGAUAAGGGCGUUGAUGUCAAUUUUCGCGACUCAGAGCAACAGACAGCUUUACAUUAUGCUGCCAGUUGCGGUCAUGUCGACUGCAUUCGUUUAUUGCUAGAUGCUAAUGCGGAUCCCGCUAUUAAAGAUGCUGAUGGACAAUCGAGUCUCGAUGUGGCCGAUAAUAAUGAUAUUUUCGAAUUACUUAAAACCUGAUGUGGACUUACAUAGAUUUACUUACAGAUUAUUUUCUUACCUGUAACUUGCGUUUAUUUCGGUCAAACAACUUCUAUUUAUCAAAAUUAAAAUAUAGACCCUUCGGUAUGAUCUGAUUAAAAUAAUUUUCUAUAUUUAUCAAUAAAAAAUAUAUUUCUAUUUCAAACUGA